AUGGUACAAGAUGGUUUAGCAGAAAUACAUGAUGUAAUUGAGAAUAUCCACGAAAGUGUGAAAUAUCUGAAGAUGUUUCCUUCACGACUUCAUAAGUUUAUUGAAAUUGUUAAACAGUUGAAGUUGUCAACCUCUAAAAUUCUUCAACUUGAUGUGCCUACUCGAUGGAACUCAACAUAUGAAAUGCUAGAGUCAUCAUUGGAGUUCAAACCGGUGUUUCCAAUGUACAAGAAAAGAGACUCUAACUAUAAAUGGUUACCAUCUGAGGAGGAUUGGAUACGAGCUACAGAGGUUUCAAAAUUUUUGGAAGUUUUUAAUGAAGUCACAGAAGUAUUCUCAGGACGUCAAUAUCCAACUUCAAAUUUGUUCCUUAAUGAAAUUUGGAGAGUGAAGGAGCAAUUAAAUGAUAUGUCCUUCGAUACUAGAGAUUUUGUGAUGCGCAUGACUCGAAGACUGAAUGAAAAAUUUGAGAAGUAUUGGGGAGACUAUAACUUACUAAUGGCAAUUGAAAUAGUUUUGGAUCCUCGCUAUAAAAUGCAGCUCAUUAUAUUUUGUUUUCCAAAAAUUUAUGGUGAGGAUGUUUUUCAACGCCAUAUUGAUGAUGUUUAUGAAGCUUUAGAUAUGCUUUACAAGGAAUAUGUAUCUUCACAUGGACAAAUAGAUGUUGAUGCUAGCAAUAUCCCUAGUUCCUCCUCCAAACUGAAAAGAAAAAGAAGGGCUAAUCAUGCCUUUCAUAUGUGGGCUGAACAACAUAGGAAUGUUAUUCCUUCAAACAAAACUGAGUUGGACAUAUAUCUGGAAGAAGAUAUUUACAAGCCUAGUGAUGAAGACUAUGACAAGUUUAAUGCUUUGAAUUGGUGGAAAGCCAACACUCUAAAAUUUCGUACUCUAUCAAAGAUGGCUCGGGACAUACUAUCCAUUCCUAUUACUACUGUUGCUUCAGAGGCUGCAUUUAGUGCUGGAGGUAGAGUGCUUGAUCAAUACAUAGCUUUUUGA